AUGACAGACGACGAGUUUCCCCUUGAGGGGAGCCUAGACGAGUUAAUUAACACUCCUACUUUAAAAUGGAUCUUUGUGGGGGGAAAAGGCGGCGUCGGCAAGACAACCACAAGCUGCGCCAUAGCGACGAAGCUUGCAGAGAAGAGAGAAUCAGUGCUGCUGCUGUCCACUGACCCCGCCCACAACCUCAGCGACGCCCUCACCCAAAAGUUCAGCAGCACUCCAACCCUAGUUAAGGGUUUUAGCAAUCUCUACGCCAUGGAAAUCGACUCGAAACCCCACGAAGCCACGGAGUUCAAUUUAAAUGCUUCAAAAGAGGCAAAUGACUUCGCCAAAUUUCUUCCGGAAAUUAUCCACGCGGUUCCCGGCAUUGACGAGGCCCUUUCUUUCGCCGAAUUGAUGCAGUAG